UCAGUCAGAGUUUGUAACAGAGCGGUCGUGAAUCAACAACAUGAGUUUGACCAAUGUAUUGUUUGUGUUGCUGUUGAGCGGCUUCACUUUGGCCCAGGAUGAUGGUAACGCCAAUGAAACACUGUCAUGCGAUCCUGACAGGGGGGAUCUCCUGAGAGAGUUUGGUGCUAUGAGAGAAACAUUUGGAGCUAUGGAAACCAGGCUGAAGGAGAGUGAAACCCAGAUUCUUGAACUGAAGAACAAAGAAAGAACCAACGUGAUAUUCAGUGCAGCAACAGGAGGAGGAGGAACUCACAUUGGACCCUUCAACACAGACAUCACUUUAAUCUACAGAACCGUGAUUACAAACAUUGGUGGAGCCUACAGUCCAUUCACAGGUGUCUUCUUUGCCCCAGUGCCAGGUGUUUAUUACUUUACCAUUUUCUUUCAUGCUGGAUUGACUCAUGGCACCAACUUACUUCUUUACAAAAACAAUCAACUAAUGCUCGCGACCAGUGAUCACGGGUCGAGCUCAGACACAGCUGAUAAUGGAGGAAACGCAGUGUUCCUGCAGCUGAAGCAAGGAGACCAGGUGUAUGUGGUUUUGGCUGAAAACUCCUAUGUUUGGGGGACUGACCAUCAUACAACCUUCAGUGGUUUUCUGGUCACUGAAAUGUGAGAAUAUGUAUCUCUGUCGCACUUUCUGCUUAGGGGUGGCUGAACAAUUCUAAGCUCCCUAAAUAUCUAACACCAUGACAUGUUCAAAUGUAAUGAAACACAUAGCUGUUGCUCAUAGAAUCAUAAAAUCAAGACUAAAAAUGUCUUCUUCAAUCAUUGCUUUAUUAAAUUCAUUAUGCUGCAAAGUUGACAGUGAAUUUCUUGUUUUCUGUUUCCUGAAUAUCUUAAUAUAUUGAGUGUUGUGCAUUUCAAUUAAAAGCUCCAUCUCAUUGCAACAACCUCUCAACUGAGAUGUCUAACCUGCCUGAUAAUGCAUCAGAGGAAGACACAUGGAGCGAGAAAUAAAGACGUGGAGAAGUUCCCAUUUAUUCAAAUGUCAAGAAGUGCUACUUUGAUACUAGCGAACCUAUUUGCAUUACAGUAUUCAAAACUCACCUGCUUUAUCUCAAACUUGCAAAGGUGGCUCGAGUUGUAUCAGAUAGAGAUUCACUGGACUCUGUCCCUUAAAGGAUCUUGGCACAUAAAGAAAUACAACAUCA